UGAAACCUUCAGUAUAUGGAAAGCACUGAAGUAACAUACACGUGCUUGCCAUGGUCACAACAGACUCACAGUGAUCACACCAUAGGGCAAAGACCCACUUCACACCUAGACCAUCAACCAAACAGUUUAAACCCUCUGCAACUCCUCGAAAAACCCUGAAUUUUCGAAGAUGAAGAAGACACAAAACCACAUCUAGGAAAUACGGUUAGAAUCACUCUCUAUCAACGCAAAUAAUGUUAAGAAGAAGGCUGUCUUCUUUGCUAGCAACUUCGAUUCACAAUGCUUCCAUUUACAAUUCCAAACCCAGCUCUAUCGUCUCAAGGGCGGUAUCAUCACCACGUUUGCCUUCACCGUUGGUAGAAAAUCCUAACCCUAAUCCCAAUUUCAUCAAUGGCAAUGGAGUGUUUGCUCCUCGGGGUAUUAGGGCUUAUAGCCUUCUGAGUCUGAACGAUUUGCAAGAUAACAAGGGGGCAAGGAAGCAGAAGACGAGGAAGGGUCGUGGGAUUGGGUCUGGGAAAGGCAAGACUGCUGGAAGAGGUCACAAGGGGCAGAAGGCCAGAGGCACCAUGAAGUUUGGCUUUGAAGGCGGCCAGACUCCAAUGCGUCGACGAAUGCCCAAAAGAGGGUUUAAGAACCCCUUUACCCUCCAUUUUCAGCCAGUGGGACUAGGGAAGAUUGCUAAAUUUAUCAAUGCAGGGAAGAUAGACUCUUCAGAGUUGAUCACCAUGAAAACUCUCAAGGAUACAGGGGCAAUAGGGAAGCAAAUUAAAGAUGGAGUAAGAUUGAUGGGACGCGGUGCCGAAGAGAUAAAAUGGCCUAUUCAUCUUGAGGUUUCGAGGGUGACUGUCAGGGCAAAGGCAGCAGUUGAAGCCGCGGGUGGGUCUGUCAGGAGAGUGUACUAUAACAAGUUAGGCUUCCGGGCAUUGCUGAAGCCCGAGUGGUUUGAAAAGAAGGGAAGGUUGCUGCCAAGAGCAGCUAGACCUCCCCCGAAACUGAAAGAUAAAGUGGAUAGCAUUGGGCGCCUGCCAGCACCAACCAAGCCAAUUCCAUUUUCACCAGAAGAAGAAGAUGCAAUGCCUGUUUCCGCCUGAUGACCAAGAAAAGUUUUGUUCCAGAUUUUGUAAAACAUUCAUAAAUUUCGGAUAUGUUUUGGAUGUUAAUUUAUGUGGUUUUUGUUUUGGUAAACACUUGCUACGUGACUGUGGUUCAAUAUGCUAUUAUGUGAAAUAUUUAAUCAAAUGAAUCUCUCUCCAUGGGCAUGUGCAAAUUGAUGUACUCAAUAAGUAUUCUGAGGUCCUGAAGUAAUAAAAUGGUAAUGGACUUUAAUCC